UACGAUCUGCAGUUGCUGUUCAAAACCCUCGACAUGAGGGUCGCACUCUUGGGAGUUUUCCUGCCCCUAGCACUGGAAACGGCUGUGAGCAGCAGUCUGAACGAGACAGCCAAGUGUGAGAGUGCGCCAACGCUGACGGGACCGUGUACGAACUAUACAAAGAAGUGGUACUAUGCCAGCCUCUACAGGGAGUGCAUCAUGUUCGACUAUGGCGGCUGCGGGCAAACGAAUAAUUUAUUCGACUCGGAAGAGCACUGUGAAUCCCUAUGCCUGGGCAUGGGUCCCCAUGGAUGGCUGUGUCUUUGGCUGCUGCUCUUCUUCGCUCUGUCUGGGAUGGUCUGGGCCUACAAUGCAAAGAAGUGCGAUGAUGUACAGACCGAGACGGGGACGUGCAAUUUGGAACUGGAGAUGUUUCGCUUCGACAAUGUCAACCGGCAGUGCGAGUCCUUCAUCUACGGCGGCUGUGGCGCCACCAAUAACUUCUUUGAGUCCGGCAUGGACUGCGUUCUGAACUGCCUGGAACAUCACGAGUUCUAAAUUUAAAUACAAAUAUUUAUUGCCCGUUGAUGGCUGCUGUCUGUCUGAUGUCUGUAAUCCAAGCCGCUCGGCAAAAAAAAA